AAGGAAGAUGGCGUCUCCGAGCUUCCCCACGCCGCUGCAUGGGCACGUGGGCCGCGGCGCCUUCAGCAAUGUGUACGAGCCCGCGGAGGAUACGUUCCUGCUGCUGGACGCGCUCGAGGCAGCAGCGGCCGAGCUGAAGGGAGUGGAAAUAUGCCUUGAAGUAGGUUCAGGGUCUGGAGUGGUAUCUGCAUUCCUAGCCUCUAUGAUAGGCCCUCAAGCUUUGUACAUGUGCACUGACAUCCACCCUGAGGCAGCAGCUUGCACUCUGGAGACGGCACACUGUAACAAAGUCCACAUUCAGCCAGUAAUUACAGACUUGGUCAAAGGCUUACUACCAAGAUUGAAGGAAAAAGUUGAUCUUCUGGUGUUUAAUCCCCCCUAUGUAGUGACUCCACCUGAAGAGGUAGGAAGUCAUGGAGUAGAAGCCAUUUGGGCUGGUGGCAGAAAUGGUCGGGAAGUCAUGGACCGAUUCUUCCCACUGGCUCCAGACCUUCUGUCACCAAGAGGAUUAUUCUAUCUGGUUACCAUUAAAGAAAACAAUCCAGAAGAAAUUUUGAAAACAAUGACGACAAGAGGUCUACAAGGGACUGUUGCACUUUCCAGACAAGCAGGCCAAGAACUCCUCUCAGUCCUGAAGUUUACCAAGUCCUAGCUUACUGUGUGUGCUGUGUAUUAUGCUGGAUUGUAUAUAUUGAUAAUAUAUAUUAUAUUGAAUAUAUAUGUGAAUAUAGAGAGAGAGAGAAGCUGAAUGUAUUUGGCAUAUUUUGAAAAUGAAGUCAUUUCUUCAUUAACAAGUGAAAUUGUCAGGUUAUAUAGAAAAAGGUGGGGGCGCCUGGGUGGCUCAGUUGGUUAAGCGACUGCCUUCGGCUCA